GCUCUCCCCUACCCCCCUAUUCCUUAUCAUUGCAUUUUGAACGUUUCCCCUUUUCUUUCGCUUUUAUUGCGUAUUUUCAUAUUAUUUUUCUUACAUUUCGCUGAAAGCUAGCUUCAAGUACAUAUUUUCUUUUCCAAAAAAAAAUGGUUUCCGGCAAAACACUCGCCAUUGCCGCCACGGCCACCGCCGCCGUCGCUGGCCUAGGCUACAUCGCCUACUUUGACUACAAACGUCGUACGGAUCGCAAGUUCCGGCGCAAGCUGAACCGGGAUCGCAAGAAGGUCGAGAAGACCGCGCAAAAGAUUACCAGCCGGUCCCUCGACGACAUCAACGAUCAAGCAAUGGAGCUGCUGAACAUCGUCACCAAGGAGAAACUCCCCGAGUCGCCCGAACAAAAGGAGCAGUUUUUCAUGGCCCAGGUAUCCCAGGGCGAAACCCUCUGCGCCGCUGGCGAGGCUGGAUACGCCGAGGCUGCGUGCAGAUUCUACCAGGCACUUAAGGUGUACCCGAACCCGGUUGAGCUCGUUAUGAUCUAUCAGAAGACUACGCCGGAUGAGGUGUUUAAGCUUGUUAUGGCGAUGAUGGCGCAGGAGGUGCGCCAGAAACAGGCUAGAUACUUUGAUGUGUUCCCGCCUAGGGAGAAGAACGUUGAGAUUAAGGACAAGAACAAGGUGGAGAAGAAGGAGGGCGCAAAGUCUGAUAUUGUUGUUCCUGAUCGCGGCUUGUUCUCUACUAAGGACUUUACUGCCGGCGAGAUCAUUUAUGAGGAGGAGUCUGUGGUCUCGACGCUGCUGCCGUGUGCGAUGAAUGGGCAGUUCUGCUACAACUGCAUGAAGAACAUUCCCAACAAGAAGGCUGAGGAGGAGGAGGUUACCGCUGAGAAGACUGCCAACGAUGAGACGAAGGAGACCACUGAGACGGAGGCCACCGAGGAUGAUCAGAGCGAGGGCUCAUCAGAGUCGGCCACCUUUUCCGAGGCUGUUAAGGCCGGUCUGACGCCCGAGUCCUCAAACAAGAGCACUGCCGCUUUCGAAUGCGACAAGUGCCACGAGGCCUUCUACUGCUCCGAGGAAUGCCGCACGGACGCCUACGACGCCUACCAUCAGUUCCUGUGCCCAGGCAGCAGCAGCAGCUCGACCGCGCGCGAUUUCGCCGUGCUCACGCAAAAGGCACAUGAGCUAGCGCCCGUUCUGAUCGCCAAAUUCUUUGGUGUCUUGGUUGAUCGCGAGAAGAAGAAGGAGCUGGCGCGGAUGCUCGGCACUGCUGGGCCCACGUCGGAGGUCGACGAGUAUACAACCUGGGAGCAUCUCGAGUGCAUGCGGUACUUGGAGCUUAUCCCCAGUGCGUCGGACGCAACUAUGCUUCGGAAGCUCAGCGAGCUCAUGAGCCGUGGCGUCCCGGGUCUCAGCGAGUUCGUUACUGGAGAGCGCUACACUAUGCUUAAGGGGAAGCUGGACUACAACACCUAUGCUGUGCACAACUCGGCCGAGGGCAUUGAGGUUCCUGCGGAUACUCCCGAGACGCAUGUGUCAGACACUAUGCGCAAUAACGGAUUUUCUGGUGCCGUUGGACUUGCGCUGUACUUGAUCUCGUCACAUAUCACGCAUAACUGUGAUCCUAAUGUGCAGAUCGUCUUCCCUAACAAUACUAACAAGGCUGCUAUCAAGACGCUCAAGCCGAUUGCUAAGGGCGAGGAACUCCAUGUCUCGUUUGUUGAUGCAUCGCUGGAGAAGGGUGUUAGGCAGAAGAGGCUCAAUGGAUCGUACCGCAUCAUCUGCACUUGCGACAAGUGCAAGGCUGAGAAUUCUGCUGCUGAGGCGAAGGCUGCUGAGGAUCCCGUCGAGACCGAGAUGGAGGCUGAGUUUGAUGCUGCCGUCGAGGCUGAGGCUGAUAAGGAGACCGAGGCUGGUAAUGAGGUUGAGGCUGCCGUCGAGGCUGAGGUUAAGACUGAGGAGGAGGCCAGGUUUGAGGCCGCCGUUGAGACUGAGAAGGAAUCUGAGGUUGAGGCCGAGAAGGAGGCCGAGAAGGAGGCCGAGGCUACUAUUGAGUCUCAGAAUGAGGUUGUGGCUGAGAAGGAGGGGGCUGUUGAGGUUGAAACCAAGACUAAGCCUGAGGCCACCGUCGAAGAUGUGCCCGAGACUACUGUCGAGGAUGUUCCUGAGGCCGUCGUCAAGGAUGUGCCCGAGACUUUUGAGGAGACUGUUGAGGAUGUUCUCGAGACUCCUGCUGUAGAGGAGACCCCCGUUGAGGAGACUGCUUCCGAGGAGACCCCCGUUGAGGAGACUGCUUCCGAGGAGACCCCGGCUGCUGAGGAGACUGUCCUCGACGAGAUCAUUGUCGACGGGGACAAGGAGUAGAUAGCGCACACAAUAUUUUUAUGCCUGUUCAAUUCUAAAUUCACACUUCAAUUCAAAUCCGCUCGACAUUCGCUGCGGUUGAUGUUUAUUUAUCUUGGCUGUGCCUGAUCAUAGGAUCAAAAUCAUAUGAUUAUUAUUUGUGCCCAAUCAGCUAACUCAAUCCUUGCUGCGGCAAAUGGCCAGCCAAACUUUGAAUUCUAGUGGCAUGUUUUGAUAGGAUUGCAAAAUAUCGAAUUCCAGUGCGCACAGUGUAAAAAAUGUGGAAGAACAAAAAGGAUGGUGGCGUGUGUGGUAGGGGGGCCGGGAUAUUAUACAGUGCAAAAAACGGAUGCAACUUUGGAUUCACUCCUUUUUCGC